AUGGGAUUCACCGAGGGAGUGGUGCAGCAGCUGAGCCCCGAGGAGGACGAGGAGGCACGCUUGCUCGCCAUGAGGCUGGUGAUGGGAUCUUGCCUCCCAAUGAUUCUCAAUGUGGCCAUCGAGCUCGAGCUCCUCGAGAUCAUCGUCAAGACUGGCCCCGGCGCCAAGCUGAGUCCCGACGACAUCGCCACCCAGCUGCCCACCGAGAACCCCCAGGCGGCCGAUAUGGUAGACCGGAACCUCCGCCUGCUCGCCGCCAACGGCGUCGUCAGUUGCUCUGUGGAGUCCGGCGAUGAUGGGCGCCCCUCGUGCAAGUACGGGGCCACGCCUGUCUGCAAGUACCUGACCAAGAACGAGGACGGCGUGUCCAUGGCCGCUUUCUGCUUGCUGGUCCAUGACAAGGUCACCAUGGAGGGCUGGUAG